AUUGUUGCUGUCAGUGCUUUGUUGUUGUUUACAUGUGUUUUUCGUAUCCCCAAAAAUCACUUAAAAACCGGAUAAAUGACUAAUAUUCCCAAGAUUUCUCUCUUUGCGUGGGGUGCAAAUUCUCAUGGUCAACUGGCUAUCGGAGUGGAAAAUGAGAUGGAAGUCUUACCGGUUGAGGUGGACACUUCCUUCCUGGAGGCUGAAAUCCUUCAAAUAUCCGGUGGAGGGGGUCAUACUCUGAUUUUAGACACUGCUGGUCGGGUUUAUUCUUGUGGAUGGAAUAGCAGGGGCCAAUUGGGCAUCGGGAAUCAAGAGAAUACUAGUAGAUUUGUUAGAAUUCCCCAAAGUUCCUUCCUGGGCAAAAGGAUUAGGAGCGUAGCUUGUGGUUGGGACAACUCAGGUGCAGUUACAGAAGAUGGUGAACUCUUUGUUUGGGGUUCGAAUAAAUUUGGGCAGUUGGGAAUGCAGGAUACCGGUAGUGUUUCGCAAUUAAAUAUUCCACGAAAGGUUUGCCUUCCUGAUAGGGUUCUUGCGGUAGAUUUUGGGCUUCGACACCUCUGUAUCGUUGCAGAAGGAGGAACAAUUUACCUUGCAGGGAAGUCAAAGUGUCUUACAGCUAUUGAAGAUAAAUCCUGUUCCCAAAAAUUUGGAGGAUUUUUGAGUUUCUCAGGGGAAAAAAUUGUAAAAAUUGCUACGGGACAGCACCAUUUCCUGUAUCAAAUUCAUUCCGGGGAAAUCAAUACUCUAGGAGACAAUAAAUUCAAUCAGCUUGCUGAUGAUUCCCUAAAAAAUUUUGCAUCUGAAACUGUUGAUUUGAAAUCAGGAUGGACUCACAGUGGUCUGCUAACAAAGUCUGGGAAAGUUUUUCUUUGGGGAAGAAACGUUUAUGGUCAGAUUGGACAAAUCCCUGAAGGACAAUCUGUGGCAACUCCCACAGAAUUGGCUAUCUGUGAUGUCAGGGAGUUUCAUCUGGGAUCUGAACAUGGUCUCUGCGUCUCAAUGGCAGGAGAUGUGUUCACUUGGGGAUGGAACGAGCAUGGAAAUUGUGGAAAUGGAAGUACAAAAGAUGUGUUCAAGCCUCAGAAAGUCAAUCUUCCUGGAAAAUGUGCCGUUGCAGGAGUUGGUGCAGGUUUCUGCUUCACUGCAGUAUGAUGAAAGUUUUGUGCCUAAUAUGUAAAAUAAAAAUAAAUAAAAAAUUGUACAAA